CCGUCAACAACACCAAAGACGUGUCAGUCAGUUAGCUAGUCAAAAUGGUAGCUAUGUUAUGAAUUACGAGUGACAACGACCCCGAAUGAGCUCAGGUGUAGAAGAAAGGCUGUUAGCAUUUAUAUCGUUUUUCAAUAGCUGCAGUGUUACCAGCUGCCCCGGGGGCUUUCCAAAGCGAAACAACACAACACCGACUGUCAACGUCAGCAGCAUUCACAAAUGUGUGACAGCGCCUUAUAUUAGCGACUUAACGCUAACACAGCUAGCUCUGUCAGGAGCAUUAAGACAGACAAUGCUAGUUUAUGUUAAUUCCAACAAUUCAGACGAGAAUUGUAGGCUAUGAGUCUGGGUGAUGGAGGACCGUCAAUGUGAGGACUUGGACUACCUGAUCCAAGAUGAGGACACUCUCAUUGAGGGCGUGAGCAAUCAGGUGUUAUUUGUUGUGGUGCUCAGCGUCACCUUCCUCGCAGGCCUCCUCACUCUGCUCUGCAGACAGGAGGAGCAGAACAUUCAUCCCGAGAAUCAGGAGCACGUUCGAGCCGUCCGACAACAGCUCCAAACAGAGCAGGAUGAAAAUUCUCAGGGAGAGGCCAGGCACCAGUAUUACACAGACAUGUCGUGUCCCGUGUGUUUACAGCAGGCUGUUCUUCCUGUGGAAACCAACUGCGGACACCUCUUCUGUGGCUCCUGCAUCAUAGCCUACUGGAGGUAUGGCACCUGGUUGGGUGCGAUUAACUGCCCCAUCUGCAGACAAAUGGUAACUUUACUCUUCCCACUAUUUCAUGAGCAUGCCGAGCCUCAGAGGGUACAGGAUGGCGAGGCUGAACCUCUGCUUAUAUUAAGAGACAUCAAUGAUUACAACCGCAGGUUCUCAGGCCAGCCAAGAUCUUUUAUGGACAGGCUGCGGGACGUGCCCACACUGCUGCGUCAUGCCUUCAGGGAGAUGUUUUCCAUGGGCGGCCUCUUCUGGAUGUUCAGAAUCCGAAUUCUCCUCUGCCUCGUUGGCGCCCUCACCUACCUGGCCUCGCCACUCGACAUCCUCCCCGAAGCGCUUUUCGGACUUCUGGGCUUCAUGGACGAUUUCUUUGUAAUCCUGCUUCUCUUCGUGUACAUCUCCAUCAUGUACAGAGAGGUGGUCACUCAGAGACUGAACGGCUAGGUGAUCACUCACGAAAGAGGCCUUGGCUUGCUUGCAUGAGGCUCACGAAGAGUGAAAUUAGAGGUGGAGGAUUAAAACUGAACAAACAUUCAAUGAACAGUUCAUUGACAAUGUUGGUUUUCCGUUGGUUAGCAAAACAUAUCUGAAUGUUGACUCUGCUUCUACAAUUUACCAUUAAUGUUUUAUAGGCCAAAUGACCAACAAGAGAAGAACAUGACGCUGUGUAAUGAUGUGAAAACCUACGUUGAGUCAGACACUGCUGACAUCCAGGAAAAUCUUCCUGGCUUGUCCAUGUCCUUAAGGAACUCUGUCAGAAUGACUAAUAUUUCUACCGUUCACAUCAUUGUUACGGAAAGCAGUCAUUUUGUAAAUGUGCACAGCAUCAUAAUGGCAGUUGUGUUAUAAAAAUAAUGAGUUCUUGAAAGUACUGUAUUGAUGGCGAUGUCUUGAUGAAGAUUAAAUGAGUUUAAAGGUGUCCGUCUGCAUCUAGAAUGUCAGCCGCCAGCUACACGUCAUCAGCUUUCCUACCAUGGCUUUUACUGCCCAUUUAGUCAAUUGCACUGAUGAUGCACUUAUUUAAUAAACAUAUAACUAUGCAUA